CAUGAACGAUGGCCGACUUGGACAAAGUGAUGAAGAGACUGCCUGAAGAUGUAGUCCAUUAUAGUGUUUUUCCUCCUGUUCCCAGUGAUUUAGUAGAUAAUCAGGUGCAAAAUUAUCUUGAAAAGCAAGUCGAUAUCAUUUUGGCGCAUUUAGGCAAACGACUUAUUAAUUACAUUUGGCAACACGAAUCCUUCAAUUUGAAACCAGUUUUGUCAAAAAAAGAAUCUGUUCCACCUCACCUGUAUGGCAGCACUUGUUUUGGAGAUAAUAUUGACGAUGAGUGGUUUAUUGUAUAUCUCUUAUAUGAAAUCACAAAAGAGUUUGCAGGGACUGUUAUAAAAGUAAACGACAACGAUGAAGAAUUUUUGCUAAUUGAAGCUGCUGAUGGACUACCUUCUUGGCUUGAUCCGGAAACUGCUGAGAACAGGGUGUAUAUUUAUAAUGGGGAUCUUCAUGUUAUCCCCAUCCCUCAGUCACCUGAAGAAAUUACCAAAUUUCCAUUGUUCACACCAACCCUAACAGAAGCUGUGACUUGUGUUAGGGACUGUACUUGUGAUACAAGAUGUAGCCAGGCCGUGCAGAACUUGAUUAACAAAAGAUUGUCAGGUUUUCCUCGGAAAACAACAGAAAAUAUCCAUAAUGUCAAUUGCUAUCUGCCAACACCCUUAGCAGUUCUGUUAGCUGACCAACCAACUCUUGUUUCUGGUGGUGUGAGGACGUUUUAUUACAGGGAACCUUUAGAGUUAAAGGCUUGUCGGCCAAUGAAGAGAUUCAAACCAGAUGAUCUUGUCAAAACUAGAGUGAAAAUGACAAGAUGUUUAUAUGCUCAGCUGGCUCAGCAACAGUUUACAGCUGAUAAAAGAAGUGGCUGGACAGUAGUUAGCCCUUCUAGUCCUGAGUUUUUAGAGAGAGAUAUAGGUGUUAAAUUGGCACAUGGUUUUGAAAUUCUGUGUUCACGUUUUCAAGAUGUUGAUUCUACUAUUAUUAAUGGGGAACAUUUUGAUGAGUCCAGUAUACGUUGGUUACAAUUCAAAAAAUCUCUAGCAGGCAAAGGUUUCUUCAGGGGUGAGAUUGAAGGCUCAAAGUUGUACAAGAAAUUGCUGGAUGAAGCCAAACAGUUUUACCAAGUUCAAAUUAAAAUGACAGCUGAGGAUCCAGAAAGCACUGGUCAAAUAGUUCUACGUCACUUAAAAAGGCUAGAGCCAAAGUUUGAUGAAUUUAGAAAGGCAGAGAGAAGUUUUCCACCCUCAGAUGAUGACAGCUGGAUGAAUCUGACACCAGAGCAAGUUGAUGAAAUGAUGAAGUCAUCUACUUCUUCUGACAUAUUUGAUCUUUCAAAGGUGGCAGAGAGCAUGUCAUCCUUUGUUGAACAUGAGUCAGGAAUAGAUGGUGCAGAAUUUCCUAAGGAGUCUGCAGAGGAUGGUGAUGGUCAAUUUGAAGGUGGUGGCCUUAUUCAAGCGAUGCAGAAAAUAUUUGAUUUUCCAGAUGAAGAAGAUUCAUCAGGGUCAGAUAUGAGUGAAUAUGAUUGGUCUGAAGGGUCAGGUGAUGAGUUAGGGUCACCAACUAAAAUGCCGUCCACAGCAAAGAAAAGCAAUCUAACAAAGUCCAAGUCAAAAAGCAAAGACCCUUCUGUACAACAAAAAUCUGUACGCUUUAGUACAACACACUACUCAAAUGUGUCAGAAAUGUCAAAACCCCCUCCAUUACCUGAAAGGCCACCUAGCCUUGUUAAAUUUAAUACAGCUAAGAUGGAUUCCCCACUGCCCCCAGUACCUACAUCUGACCCUCCUAAAGCUGUAACAAGACCCUCAGUCAGUCCACCCCCUGUCCCAACACGACCACCAAGACGAGACCCUAAAGCUCGACCACUUUCUAAGCCUAAUGCUGUAAUAAAACCAUCUGCCCCGCCACCUCCUCCUCCAUCUGGUGAGCCAAAAAAAGACAAGAAACUGGUGGCCUUAAUGGAUGCAAUGGACAGAGAACUUGCUGGGACAGAAGUUGGGAAAAGUUUUGAGAGAAUGCCUAAACCAAACAAGCCAAAGAGACCAAAUAGACCCCCACCUCCUGCAGUUGGGCCCAACAAAUGUAAGGCAUCAGAGAAAAACAUUGAGGACGAGGAUGAUGACUUCAGGCCUGUCAACAUUGACCUGAAUGUAGUGAAAAACACCCUGGAAUCCUACAAGGCUCAGCAAGGUUUGCCUGGUCCUGCUUCCAACAUUUUGGCUGGGUUUGGCAUUAAACUGCCUCAAGAUAAAGUCAAUGGGAAGGCAUAAGUCUUUUUAUUCAAAGCUUUGUGACACCUUUACAAGUCAAUGUUUCACUACAGCCUCAAAUUUUUUAUGUAUUUUGGUAACAGUAUAUAAAAAAGUUAGUAUGUUAUUUCAGUAAUUUAACUGAUUAACAAUUAUUAACUUCUGCAAUUUGUAAUCACUUUUAAGUUUCUAUAUUGUGCAGUAGUUCAUUAGACUAAGCAAUAAUGGUUGAAUUCUUUGCGUGAAAUAAAUGUAUUUAAAAUUGGAGCAAAUUUUAGUGUACUCUAAUUCUAUUGACAAAACAUAGAUAUUCUUAAACCCUAAAAAAUCACAUUACAUAACUGAAAUGAAGAAAAUUGAAAAAGCUGACAAUCAUUGCUUCUGUAUGUUAUGCAUGUUGUAUUAAACCCCUAGAUAAAACCUGGCAGCUCAUAAUAAACAUUUAAAUGGGUCCAGUCAAUCUACAGCAUCAGCCAGGUAUUUUUACAGCAAUGAAAGACAUGAGGGCCGUUAAAUUAUUUUUUAAACAUUUAUAAAACUACAAAUGAUUUUUCUUUUGUUAUUGAACAAUUUAUUGAAAUUAUUUGUUUUUUUUUUUGUAUUUAUCUCUUUGUUUUUAAGUGGAAAAAUUUUGUUUAACAUUCUGUUUAUUUUUAAGGAUAACAUUGUUGAUACUGUAUAUUGACUUAUCUGUAUUAAAUUUAAGAAUACUUUUUAUACUGUGAGUUUUUUUGUUAUUGUUGAUUUUAUUUGCCUUUCUUCAAAUGCAAUGACAUUAUAUAUUUUUUAACUUUUUUUUUCAUACAUUAUUUGCACUGACCAACAUUUGAGUUUGUGAAAAUGUUGGUGCUUGGCUUUGUUUCCUUCUAAGUUGUUCAAUUUAGCAUUGUUCAUGUAAAUUUUGUAUAACAGAUUCCAUCCUUUGUUACUUUACUUGAUAAAAAUCAAAUUUUCCCCACAGAGUGUUUUUGUAAGCAUUAGCCCACUACUUAUAAUAAAAGUUUUUUAAAGGUAUUUUAAUGUAAAUUUGUUACAUUUUAUACAAUUUUUGCUAAUUUUUGCAUGCUCAAAUUUAUUCCAUUUACCGGUCUUGAUUAUUCCCCGGGGAAACAGUAUUUGAGAAUAAGCAUAAUUUACAUUUGGUACAACACUCUAAGUAAUGUGACAGACAAUUAAGUUGAGUUGGACCAAACAUUGCAUUCUAAAAACAUCUUGUUAACAUAAUAGUAGCCAAUGUGUUGGCGUUUCUAUAUUUAAUUUGUAGUUGAAAGUAUUGACAUUAUAUUUGUUACCCAGGUAUAUAUUUGCUGCAGUAAAUGCACUCACAUGUUUACUAUUUUUACUUUGACAUGUUAUGAUUACCAGUUAAUUAUAAGUACUUAUUAAUACAAAUGAAGAUAAAUUGGUCCAGUUGUACACUGUUGCUAGGUUUAAAAAAAGGCUUACCAGGUGUAGUUAAAGCUUAAUUAACUAGAAAUUAUGCUUCAAAGUUUAAUCGACCUGUAAAUUUUGUUACAGUCUUGAAACUAAAUUGUUCAUUAUUUUUCUAAUAGCUUAAAUUACCAAUGAACAAUGCUUAAUGGCAGCUAAGAUUAUUUUACCAUCAUACAAUCAACACUGGUCACAAGUAUAACAUAAAAAGUAAUUUUUGAGGUUAAGCUUGCCCUGCUUGAAACUAGAAUGGUUAUGUCAUUUUUUAAUCUAAUUUUUCUAUUGGUAUUAUUGUGUCUUAUUUUCUCCUUACAAUGGCAUGAUGUUUGAUUUACUUUAACAUUUUAAUUAGAGGUUUUUUAUCCUUAUGUGACACCUUGGGGUUUUGUUUAUUCCCAAAAAUAUAGAGGAAUAGUAUCUGAUUGAAUAACCUUUCAUCGUUGUGGUUUGUAUUGUACAGCUGGUUAAUUGAUAUUGUUUGGUUUUUUUUCAUGUAUUUUAUCAUAUAACAUUUGUUUUAUAAAAGACUACCACCUGAAGCUGUGUUGAUAUAUUAUCAACAUUGAUUAUGAUUUUACUCUUUAAAAAUUAAAGUUAACAAACUAUUAAUAUGAAAUAAAAUAUCUUGCCCAGUUGAUUUAAAAAGUGUUAAUGCUGUUUAAAAAAUUAUACUUGACGCUAAGGUAUCUUUAAAUUGAAGUUGAUAUUUUCAAGGCAUGUUACCUACAUAUAGACAUCACAAAUUUAACAGAACUUACAUUUGAUACAGUUUUUUAUAUUUAACUAAUUCAAAUUCUUUUUUUACUUCAUUGUUUAAUGUGAUCAUUUUUUUUUUUU